GGACGUAUGGUGUAUCAACUGUCUCUAACAGCAAAGGCAGAUGUUCUUGUGUCCCCUUUAGGGUCUAUCACUCGAGACAGCAGCCUCAUGGUUUUGUCUCAGUGCCUGUACAAUAACACCCUGUCCAAUAUCUCUCUGGUUGUAUUGGCCCAGCAAAUUCCUACAGUGACAAGUACUGGAGUUCUGAGUGUGGAGCUGCGCAUAUCUAAAGGUUCAUCGUUUUCUUCAUUCUACGCAUUAGAGGACUUUCCAUUACAGAUUCCACUUCGGGAACUUGUGUUCUUAGAGGUUAGACUUCUGCAACCUUCUGAUCCCAGGCUACACCUCCGUCUCCACCAAUGCUGGGGAGCCCCAAACAUGGAUCCAGCAUCUACUUUGCGUUGGCCUGUAAUCUCUAAUGGAUGUCCAUUUUCAGAAGACGACACACUGACACAAAUUCUGCCAGGCUCUGUCCCCUCAAGUUAUCAAAGAUUUGUUGUGUCUGCCUUUACUUUUGUUGGCUUUUCAAAUAACACAGAGGUUUAUUUCUUCUGCAGCAUCUCGGUGUGUGUGCCAUCUUCCUCUGAAAGCUGUACAACGGAUUGUGUUAAUCUCACACGCAGUCGGCGAGAUCAGCCUGAUAUUUCUCUGUACUUGGUGGGCACCACUGGACCCCUGGUUUUUUUACAGCAGAAGAAAGGAUUGGGUAACAAAAUUUUGGCUCAGGUUGACCUUUGUUUAAAACCCUGCCAUGGUUCUUACAAAUGUUGUCUUCUUAGGAAUGGCCAGUCUCCAGCACCUGACCUCAAUUCUUCCAGGAAUUGGCUUUGCCGUCACAUUUCUCUUCAUAAUGUUGCUUCUAGUAGGCACUCUUAAAGUUAAGUGGUAUUACAAUGUUGAAAAAUGAAUCCUAAAUAAAUAUAAUUAUUGUCAAAUAUCAUGGCGUCAGUUUGCAUUUUCAUUGGUAGAAGUAGUCUAAGCUCUGCUGGAGAAGCAGAAAUGGAGUGGCUCUUUCCUUAACGCUGUGCUCUUCCACUUCAGUCUGUCUGCACAUCUGAAUCUUGUAUGGGAAAAUGGUUGUGGUCUCUAACACUGUAAUGCUAUUGCAGGGACUUAAAGGAACAUUCUGGGCUGAAAGGCUCCUUUUAGGCAGAACAUUCCACGACUUAAAAUCAGUUCUUCAUUUGAAUGGGGCAGCAAGCACAUGGAUUUCUGCAAGCCUUGUUAAGGUGAAUGGAACCAAUCUUCAGUCGUGGAAUUUUCUGUCACCAUCACUCUUCCGUAUUACAGAUCCUUAUUUUCGUCCAUUGAAAAAAUAGUGCCUUAAAUGGCUUUAUUCACAUUUCUUUUCUACAUUUGUGGGUUUUUUUUUAUGAGCAGCAAGUUUCAGUAGGUCCAUUUUAAUGUUUCAUUUUAAGAAUUCAUUAAAAAAAACAACUCCUGUUCCUGCUGUGACCAGAUCCUGAGGUAGAUUACUCUACAGAUUCACAUUUGUAUGCAUAGUGCAAACGAGCAAACUCCACCAGAGAAUGGCUGCCAGGUACAGUAGACUAACAAAUGACUCCUCACAGGCCCAGUGGUCAUGCGUCACACUCCUCACAAUUCUCCUCGUCACUGACGGAGAAUGUGCAGUUUAAUUCAGGACAUCUUAUGACAACUGAGAUCUUCCAGGUUAAAGUGGUUCUACAGUUUGUUUUAACUGAUUAUCAUCAGCAUCUGAUCGGCGGGGGUCCGACACCCGGGACCCCCGCCGAUCAGCUGUUUGAGAAGGCAGUGGCGCUCCAGCAGCACAGCAGCCUUCUCACUGUUUACCUCUGGCCUAGUGACGUCACGACUAGUAUCAACUGGCCUGGGCACGGCUAAGCUCUGUUUUAACUGAUGAAAUAUC